AUCCUCAGCAAACUCUAAUUGCUAUGGCAACAAAAUAUAUGUCCCUCCUCUCCACCAGCUUUCAUUCAGAUGAAUUUCGAAAUCGCCAUCAUGAAAUAUUACUGUGGGAGGGGGCUGCCGGUAUGCGCUCCUGACUGCCUGAUCAUUUUCCAGUAUAGGUGAUAGGAUUGUAAGAUGAUCUAGCGAUUCAAGCAACUCUCUCGAUACAUUUUUAACUGAUUAUAGAAAACUUCUAGUGCAUUUUUAUAAGGAAUCUGGCUUAGACGCGUUAAACGGGCUUCCUUUCACGUGAGAUCUUCCUUUUGACAAGUUUACCGGGUAGAGAAGAUGCCUAAAGUUUGCGAAGACUUCCCUCGGAUAUCUCUGUGUAAUAAUGAGCACAGAGUAGUUUUUGAUCACGCAGCUUUGUCAGAUCAGCUUGGAUGUUGAUAGAAAAUUAAAAGGUCUAAUCUCGCUGGAUCUUUUUUUCCUCCCACCGUCUGCAGAGUUUAGAGACGCGCACGCAUUAAAAGUUGCUCAGAGCUGAUUGCAACGCGCUGUUAAACAGAUGGGAUAAUAGAGAUGCUGAGUUUUUGCACCUGAAUCGUCAUUAAGUAGAUGGAUGAUUUUCACCCCCUUAAAAUAUAAGCCGACUGAAUGAUAUAAUCCUUUUUAUUCUUGUGGAUAUGGAGUGAUAAGAAUCUGCAACUUUUGGGGAAUUUUGGCGCUCGAAAAGCUGUCACCGGAUUGAAGAAUGGCUCGGUUUGGAGACGAGACCGCUCCCAGCACGAUGGACUCCGGGGAUGGGGACCCGGAGCGCGGCGGGGAAGGACAGGACGCGGCGGCGGCGGGGCUGACGGCUUCCAUGAAACAAGCCAAGGCGCAGCGGGCCCGGACCAUGGCUCUGUACAACCCCGUCCCCCACCGGCAAAACUGCCUCACUGUCAACAGGUCGCUCUUCAUAUUCGCAGAGGACAACUUCAUUAGAAAAACUGCAAGGCGAAUCAUUGAAUGGCCACCAUUUGAGUACAUGAUCCUGGCCACCAUCACUGCCAACUGUGUUGUCCUGGCUUUAGAGCAGCAUCUCCCUGGAGAAGACAAGACCCCCAUGGCAAAGAGACUGGAGAAAACAGAGCCAUACUUUAUUGGGAUCUUCUGUUUCGAGGCGGGGAUCAAGCUGGUUGCCCUCGGUUUUGUUUUCCAUAAAGGUUCCUACUUGAGGAAUGGCUGGAAUGUCAUGGAUUUCAUAGUCGUGCUCAGUGGGAUCCUGGCCACUGCCGGUGCCCACAUGAACAUCCCAGUCGACCUUCGGACCCUGAGGGCUGUGCGAGUGCUGAGACCUCUCAAACUCGUCUCCGGGAUCCCGAGCCUGCAGAUUGUGCUGAAGUCCAUCAUGAAGGCCAUGAUCCCGCUGCUUCAGAUCGGCCUUCUCUUGUUCUUCGCCAUCCUCAUGUUUGCCAUCAUCGGUCUGGAGUUCUACAGCGGGAAGCUUCACCAGACUUGCCUGCCAUCUAUUGACAUCUUCGACAAUGAGACCGUCGACUCGUCAGAGUUGGCGUUCGCCUGUGGAGUGAGGAAGUGUCCAGAGAAGUAUGAAUGCAACGACACCUGGAUCGGACCCAAUGACGGCAUCACGCAGUUUGACAACAUCCUGUUUGCUGUACUCACUGUCUUCCAGUGUAUCACCAUGGAGGGAUGGACGGCUGUUCUCUAUAAUACCAACGAUGCCUUGGGUACCACAUGGAACUGGAUGUACUUCAUUCCUCUCAUCAUUAUUGGCUCAUUCUUCGUGCUGAACCUGGUUUUGGGAGUCCUGUCUGGAGAAUUCGCCAAGGAGAGAGAAAGGGUGGAGAACAGGCGAGCCUUUAUGAAGCUACGCCGGCAGCAGCAGGUGGAAAGAGAGCUGAACGGCUACCGAGCCUGGAUAGACAGGGCAGAGGAGGUAAUGCUGGCAGAGGAGAAUAAAAAUUCAGGGAGAUCGCCGUUAGAUGUGCUCAAGAGAGCAAGUAAAAAGACUGGUGCACGGAGAGGAGCCCCAGGGGAUGAGAAGUAUCCAGACAUGUCUACUGCCAGUAUGUCACGAUCAAGGAUGAACUUCCGCAGCGGCCGGCGAGGCCCCGCUGCCUACUUGCGACGCAAAGAGCGCAUGUUACGCAUCUCCAUCCGCCGCAUGGUGAAGACAGACACUUUCUACCUGAUGGUGCUCAGUCUUGUGGCUCUCAACACCAUCUGUGUGGCAAUCGUCCACCACAACCAGCCGGACUGGCUGACCAUAUUCCUCUACUAUGCAGAGUUUGUUUUCCUUGGGCUGUUUUUGGCUGAGAUGUUUUUGAAAAUGUAUGGUCUGGGUUUCCGGCUCUACUUCCAUUCAUCUUUCAACUGCUUCGACUGUGGGGUCAUUGUUGGCAGCAUUUUUGAGGUGGUGUGGGGCUUCUUCAGGCCUGGCAUGUCAUUUGGGAUCAGCGUACUGAGAGCACUGAGACUCCUGAGAAUAUUCAAGAUUACUAAAUACUGGGCCUCUCUCAGGAACCUGGUUGUGUCCCUCAUGAGCUCCAUGAAGUCCAUUAUCAGCCUGCUUUUUCUUCUCUUUCUCUUCAUUGUGGUGUUUGCUCUGCUGGGGAUGCAGCUUUUUGGAGGAAGGUUCAUCUUUGAAGAUUACACUCCCACCAACUUUGACACGUUUCCAGCUGCCAUCAUGACAGUGUUUCAGAUUCUGACUGGUGAGGACUGGAACGAGGUGAUGUAUAAUGGGAUUCGCUCGCAGGGUGGAGUGCAGUACGGCAUGUGGUCUUCCAUCUACUUCAUAGUGCUCACCCUGUUUGGAAACUACACACUGCUGAACGUCUUCUUGGCCAUCGCUGUGGAUAAUCUAGCCAAUGCCCAGGAACUGACAAAGGAUGAAGAGGAGGAGGAGGAAUUCUUCAACCAGAGAUAUGCCAGAGGCAGAGAUGGCCUCAUAUCUGAUGGGAGAAGAAGACCCUACCUAUACAGGAAACGAGCCAUCCACCGAGGCCGACCAAACUUCCCAGAAGAACCCGAGGACAGUAGAGGGGCCGCAGAUGAACAGCCUCUCAAUGGCUCCAACGCCUUCGCCAACCGCCGUGAGAGGAGGAGAAAGGUUAACAUGUCAGUGUGGGAGCAGAGAGCCAACCAGCUACGCAAACGUCGCCAGAUGGCGAGCAGAGAAGAGCUGUUUGCAAGCCCUACGGAGGACACCGUUGAAACUCCCACCAUCCCCCACCACACCGCCGCCCUCACCCCAGAGGCCAGCCCGGGUCACCUGCCUGAGUCUCCCAUGUCUGUGGGGAUGCCCCUCCCCGAGCCACCCAUGUCCAUCAGCAUCCCCAUCCCUGAGCCUCCUGCGGCUGAGCCUCUGGUGAACCUAAACGAGGAGAAAACAGGAGGAGCUAACCACCGGGCCACAGGCGGGGGCAGGCAUAGGAUGGCCCGCAAGUUCAGACCCAGUCAGGGUCCGGACGAAGGGGCACGACACAGACGGCACCGUCACCGAGACGCCCGCUCUGAAGCCAAGAGUCUGGACUGCACCGUGACGCCGCACGAGGUGCCACAAGUCAGACGGUCCCAGAGCCAGGAGAGGAAGAUACUGGAUGAGAGGGAAGAGAAGGACGACAGAGAAGAGAGAGAGAAAGCAGAGGCAGAGGGAGGGUCAGUCCAAGACGAUGGUGGAACAUGCAUUGUCAACCCAUACGCAGAAGUUGGGGAAGAAUGUCGAAGAGACAUUCCUGAUCCUCCUCAGUGUGAGCAGCUCAUGGACUGUACCUGGGCGGAGCAGGGUGAAGGCGGGCACUCGGACCAAAACAUCCCAGUGGAGCCCGCCUUAGAGGCCACUGAGUUCAGUGUGAGAGCUGUUGAGUCUGAGAGCCGCCCGGUCUCCAUCAAACGUGACAAGUCCCACCUGGCGGGAAGCGUGGCCAUCGAAAUGUCAGCACAACCGCUGCUGGAGCUCACGCCCAUGACAGGGAACAGUAAAGAGUUGGAGGCAUACCACAGUGAACAGACAGACAAAGAUGAGGACACGGAGGAGGACGAGGAUGACGAGGAGGAGGAGGAACCUCCGAUUCCUCCCAAACCUAUAGCUCCAGAUAGCAUGUUCAUCUUCAAGGCCUCCAACCCUAUCAGGAGGAUCUGUCACUCUGUGGUCACUCUGCGCUACUUUGAGAUGACCAUUCUUCUUGUGAUUGUGGCGAGCAGCAUUGCACUGGCUGCUGAGGACCCUGUGUGCACCAACUCAGACAGAAACAAGGUCCUCCGUUAUUUCGAUUAUGUCUUCACUGGAGUGUUCACCUUUGAAAUGAUCAUCAAGAUGAUAGACCAGGGUCUCAUUCUGCACGAUGGCUCUUAUUUCCGAGACAUGUGGAACAUCCUGGACUUCAUUGUGGUGGUGGGGGCUCUGAUUGCCUUUGCUCUAACAAACAACAAAGGCAGAGACAUCAAGACAAUUAAGUCCCUCAGAGUUUUGAGAGUUCUGCGGCCUCUUAAAACCAUCAAGAGGCUUCCUAAACUCAAGGCUGUUUUCGAUUGUGUGGUCACAUCUCUGAAGAACGUCUUCAACAUCCUCAUCGUAUACCAGCUCUUUAUGUUCAUCUUUGCUGUCAUCGCCGUGCAGCUCUUCAAGGGGAAGUUCUUCUACUGCACUGACAGCUCUAUGAAUACAGAGAAGGAAUGCCAAGGCUACUACAUUGACUACAGCAGAGACAAAAAGGAGGUGAAGAGAAGAGAGUGGAGGAGACACGAGUUUCACUAUGACAACGUCUGCUGGGCCCUGCUCACACUGUUCACCGUCUCAACUGGAGAGGGAUGGCCUCAGGUACUGCAGCACUCCACCGACGUUACAGAGGAGAGCAUGGGGCCGAGUCGGGGGAACCGGAUGGAGAUGUCUGUUUUCUACGUGGUCUACUUCGUUGUCUUCCCGUUCUUCUUCGUCAACAUCUUUGUGGCUUUGAUAAUCAUCACCUUCCAGGAGCAGGGUGACAAGAUGAUUCAGGAGUGCAGUCUGGAGAAGAACGAGAGAGCUUGCAUCGACUUUGCCAUCAGCGCCAAGCCGAUGACCCGCUACAUGCCCCAGAACAGACAAACCUUCCAGUACAGAUUGUGGCACUUUGUUGCAUCACCUUCUUUUGAAUACACGGUGCUUGUCAUGAUCGCUCUCAACACGGUGGUGCUCAUGAUGAAGUACCACUCAGCCCCGACAGCGUACGACAUGGUCCUAAAACACCUCAACACGGCCUUCACUGUCCUCUUCUCCAUGGAGUGUAUACUCAAGAUCAUGGCGUUUGGCUUAGUUAACUACUUUCGAGACACUUGGAAUAUUUUUGAUUUUAUCACUGUUCUUGGCAGCAUCAGUGAGAUAAUUGUGGAUUUACAGUCCGUGAACACCAUCAACAUGAGUUUCUUGAAGCUUUUCCGAGCAGCCAGAUUGAUCAAGCUGCUGAGACAGGGUUACACCAUCCGUAUUCUGCUGUGGACCUUUGUACAAUCUUUCAAGGCUCUUCCUUAUGUCUGUCUCCUCAUUGCUAUGCUUUUCUUCAUAUACGCCAUCAUUGGAAUGCAGGUAUUUGGAAACAUCAAGCUGAAUGAUGAGAGUCACAUCAAUCAACACAACAAUUUUAAGACGUUUUUCAGUGCGCUGAUGCUGCUUUUCAGGAGUGCGACAGGGGAGUCCUGGCAGGAGAUCAUGCUUUCGUGUCUCUCGGGUCAGGAGUGUGAGCCAGACACCUCCCUCUCCCCCUUCACCACCUCUCCAGACCACGAGGGAGGCUGCGGGACUGACUUUGCUUACUGCUACUUUGUCUCAUUCAUCUUCUUCAGCUCGUUUCUGAUGUUAAACCUGUUUGUGGCUGUGAUCAUGGAUAACUUUGAGUACCUGACACGAGACUCCUCAAUCCUGGGUCCCCAUCACCUGGACGAGUUUGUUCGCAUUUGGGGGGAGUAUGAUCGUCUGGCAUGUGGUCGUAUCCACUACACUGCCAUGUAUGAGAUGUUAACACACAUGUCACCACCCCUGGGCCUGGGCAAAAAAUGUCCUGCUAAGAUCGCCUACAAGAGGUUGGUGUUGAUGAACAUGCCGGUGGAUGAGGACAUGACCGUCCAUUUCACCUCCACCCUGAUGUCGCUCAUACGCACAGCUUUGGAGAUUAAAAUAGCUAGAGGUGGUGAGGACCGUAUAGGUCUAGACAGUGAACUACAAAAAGAGAUCAGUAUCAUUUGGCCUUAUCUGCCCCAGAAGAACUUGGAUCUACUGGUACCUAUCAACAAAGAUACGGACAUGACGGUGGGGAAGAUCUACGCUUCGAUGAUGAUAAUGGACUAUUUCAAACAGAACAAAGCCAAGAAGCUCAGGCAACAACUCGAAGCUCAGAAGAGCAGCUUAAUGUUCAAGCGUCUGGAUGCCUCUACGCUCCCCGAGGACAUUCUGUCGAACACCCAAACACUACCGAUGAUGGCUCACAGUGCUGGCUCAGCCCUGACCAGAGGAGGCUUUGUGGCUCUGAGCCCCAUCUCACCUCAGGAGCUGUUUUUGCAACCCAUAAGCUCCGACACUGAGGCUGGUCAACAGCAGAAUCCGGUGGGCGAGUGCAGUAGGGGGAUUGAAGCCCCACAGGAGCUUCCACUAGGGAGGGGUCUGUGUGUGCGGGCCUCUUCCAUGCCCCGUCUGGCUGUAGAGUCGCAGACAGAGGUUGCAAGCAGCUCCAUGAAGCGUUCAGCCUCCACUGUUGCAGAUCAGCGGGUGAACGGCCUUUGGGAGGAGGACAAAAGUCCUGAAAGAGUCCUUUAUCGACCUCGUCACAAAAGCUACAAGGCUGCUGUUUCUCGGUCAGAACACUGGCAGCAGGGCGACAGGGAGCGUGGCCGGUCCAAGGAGCGCUGUCACCUUCUUUCUCCAGAUGAGUCUCGCUGUAACUCAGAGGAAAGAAGUUUGCAGCCCUCACGGUCCUCUAGUGUAGACAGAGCACACGCUCAAGAUAAACAGGGCAACAGCUCGGACAGUCCUGUGCCCUCCACCUCAGAGUCCAGCACCCCCAGCGGCCGACGACCCUCAUCACAGCCCCGAUCUCGCCCUCACAUUUCUUACUCCCCACUACAUCCCUCCGUCGGCGAGGACGAGGAUGAACAAGGCAGCCCAGCGACCACGAGGCGGGGCAAGCCGGACUGGGAAACCCAGGAAGGGGUCGCAGACGAGAGGCGGAGCGAGGCGGGCCGACACCCAUCCCCACCUCGACGCUACCCCUCCGAGCCGUUCCUGGCCUCCCAAGAGGGCGACCACAGCCCAGACCCCUCCGGCCCCAUGGAGACGUUGACCUUCGAGGCGGCCGUGGCCUGCAGCCUGGGACGCUCAAACACCGUCAGCUCGGCCCGCCCGCGCUUGCGGACUGGUUGGCAGGUCCCCAACGGACACUUCCGCAAACGCCUGGCGCAGACAACCUCUGCCACGGGCUGUGAUCCUCUCAGCGACACAGAGGAGGACGACAGGUGCUAGGGACAGGAUGAGGAAGGAGGGGGAAUCCCAGAGAGGUGUUAGAAGACUCUGUAUGGCAGAGUGAAGGUCAAUGUGACUCUUUUUGCAUCAGUGCUUCGAGGCCAUGAGCCAUCUGGAUAUUUGAUGAAAAUGUGAAAUCCAAAACAAAACAAAAGAACAAUACUUCCUGAAACUGUAGUUGCCAAUUCACACAGAACACUGACAAUAAAUAAGGUCUAUUUCCUGACUUGUACUUGAUGACAGAGAGUAAUAAUACAUCUCAAAUAGUUGCGGGAUGCAAACAAUAAAUGAAUGGAUAAAAUUAUGUAAUUUGUGUCAAUAGGUAUUUUCAUUUCUGAAGAUGUUUCUAAAUGAUUCAGUGUUGCUCUUAACAGUAUUUAUCUGUGGGGUGUGUGAAUAUGUAACUACAUUUUCUUAUGAAUUGAUUGUUUUGUAAAUACAUUGUGAUCAUCACACCAUUGCCAUUUAUUAGACCUGAUCAAUACAACAAGCCAUGACACAGAGGCAAUCUGAUACUUUACCAGACAAUGUGGAUACUAAUAAGUAACACUCAAUAAUGCUGGAUUUUUUUACAGUAUGAAUGAAUGUGCAGGGGGAAAAACUGCCUGAUUUCCCCCGUCAUUUUACUUUUUGGUAUUGAACAUAAUAAGUUGUGAGAUAUGAACACAGUAAUAGAAUAACAUUUUUAAAAAAGUUGCUUAUUUGUUAUUUCACCCCGCAUUAAUGUUAAAUCAUGCCUCCAACAAACCUCAGACCUUUAAAAUGAUCCUUCGAAACUGUUUUAUUUUAACCAGUCUACACCCUUUAAAUGAGACUUUCAAUUCAUUUGAUUUUGAUAAUUGUUUGGCGUGUUUACCAUGAACUGACAUGAAAACAAAAUCUUUCAUCUUCUUUUCCACCUUUUUCUUCCUUGUGAAUAUUGUAUGAACCAUUGCAGACGAUGACUGUAGAAACACUUUAGACACCCCAUGACACAUUUGCUUCACAAACUAACAUUACUCUAUUACUUACUAAUAAUGUACAGAGAAAUUAUGCUGUUUGUAACAUUAAGAGAAAAAAUAAUAAUAAACAGUAUCAGCUGAUGAGCUUUAAAGGUAAAGGAAUGUUUGGAAAUGUUUAUUUUAAGGUUUGUGUUUUUGUUUUAUUUGCCUGAAGAAGGCCAAUUCUGUGAAACUCACUUAACCAAAAAACAUGGCGAUUUGUAUCAUAAGCUCCUGGAAUGCAAAUACUUUGUGGGUUUUUAUGUGUACAAUAGCUGUAUAUACAAAUAAAGGUGUCCUCAAGUUGC